UGGACGGUGCAACUGAGAAUUUUCCGAAACCACAGAAAACAAAUCGAACUAACAACAAUAAAAAAAAAAACAAGUGCAAAUCCAACAAACGGUCAAAUUCAAAAUUCACCUCAAAAUAUCAAAAAUCAGAGAUAAAAAAAACAAACUGCCCUUGGAAAAGUUUUUGAUGUUUGCUGACAGCACUUUUUCAUGGCAACAAUUUUAGAAUCGAUUUAAAAAAUUCAUAACGUUUUUCUUGUUAUGGCCAAGUGAAGAAAAUCCUUAGCCUAACGUUUUUCACACUGAAACCUUAGAAAUGUAGAUGCGAAACAAAAUUUCCACCUCUUUAGUGUAACACACACACCACACUACAACAAAAACAAAAAACAAAUAUCAUUGCAAAAUUAUUCAAAAGUAAAAAAAAAUAGCAAAAAAAAAGUAAAAAAAAAAAAUGGAGCUGCACACGUACUAAUAAAAAAUUUUGCAAUAAGGAAACCCCAUCCAACUUACUUGCCUAGUCUAAAGUAGUAGAUAAGAAUAUUUAACAUUAGUUAGUUCAUUAUAACCAUAACAUUUUGAAUGGAAAAAGGCACAACAAUGAAAAGGAAGCAGAGGCGUUAUAGAACCACAUUUAACACAGUACAACUGCAGGAGUUGGAAAGAGCUUUUCAACGCACCCACUAUCCUGAUGUAUUUUUUCGAGAAGAGCUAGCCGUUCGCAUAGAUCUUACUGAGGCACGAGUGCAGGUUUGGUUUCAAAAUCGUCGUGCCAAAUGGCGCAAGCAGGAGAAGGUGGAUCUCAAGGAUGGCGAAGAUCUGGCUGCGGCUCAAUCGUAUGACGACAGUGUAUUGGCGCCUUUAGAUCAAUCUUUGGGUUCCACCCUUUUACCUGAUACACCUCCGCAAUCUUCCAAUUCCCUGGACAAUGAAAGUAAGACACCUUUCAGUAAUGAUGGCACAGGCGGAGGCGGUGGCUCCAAUGUUUGUGAAGGCAGCAAUGAAGAUGGUGGCGGUGGCAUAACAACACCCUCUCGCAUGUCUCCCAAUAUAUUUCUCAACCUUAACAUUGAUAAUAUGGGCCUGGAAAGAGGCGGCAGCCUCUCCAUGGAAUGGUCUACCUAUCCGCCAACUAACAUGACCCACAAUGGUUUGAAUGAUUUACCUUCAACAUCUACUAAAUCACCAUCAUCUUCCCAGAUGGUUUAUGAAACAGCAUUACCUACCUCUUCGUCCGCCUCAUCACUAAUCAAGGAGUUGCACCAUCAUCAGCUGGAACAGCAUUCAGCAUCACAUCACCACCAUCAUCCGCAGCAGCAUCUAUCGCACAGCAGCCAGCAGCUACAAACCGAUGUCAAUCACAAUCUCAAUGGAGAGGAGGAUCAUGGCUUGAUAGCUGUCAAUUGUUUCAAUACCUCAUUGGAUUUAGUGGACACAACUACUUCCGCCUCAACCUAUGAUGAAAUGAAAUUCCUCAAUGUGGACCAAUACACCAUUGAACAACUAAAGGCCGAAUGCAUAUUGAAUAUGGAUCAAACACUAUCGCUGGGCGACGAAGCCAAUGAUGUGGAUGAUAAAUCCUCGGGGGAGACACAUCAUUUGAGUUUGGAACAAGCUUUGACCCACAACUCUUCGCAAUUCGAGCAACAGCUACAUCAAACACUUCAUAAUCAACAAACCGCCGAUGCAUCAUCAUCACUGUUUAAUUUGGACAAUUCUUCUCCCGAUCAAGAUCCUUAUAUACUGAAUCAUGGCCAUGGCCAUCAUAUGAACUUGCAAUCAAGUUCGCAUUUAAAUGGAGCAGAGUCUUUGCAUCAACAUUUAAAUUCUUUAAAUUUUGAUCUUCCCGUCUUCGGUCUAACAACCAUGGUGGAUUCGAAAUCACCUCCUUUGCUGGUGCUAGAUAAACCCUUAUCUUUGAAUAUAAGUGUGGAUGGCAUUCAUGAUUUGGUUGAUGAUAAAUAUUAAGGGGAGGACAUAGUUUGCCACGGCCCGUGUAGCAUCAGCAAAAUGGAUAAAAUCAAUUAUAUUUUUGAAGAAGUUUUUUAAACGGAACCAUAAUUCAUACACACAGAGAAAAAAAUAUCACAAACAUUUUUAUACCCACCACCAUAGGCUGGAGGUAUACUUAUCUAGACAUUCCGUUUGUAACACCUCAAAAUAUUGAUCUAGAAAUUCAUAAAGUACAUAUAUUCUUGAUCGUCUCGACAUUCUGAAUUGAUCUAGCCAUGUCCGUCCUUCCGUCUGUCAAAAUAAUGAAAACGGUCGAACGCGUAAAGCUAGCCGCUUGAAAUUUUGCACAGAUACCUAAUAUUGAUAUCGGUCGUUGGGGAUUGCUAAUGGGCCAUAUCGGCUCAGAUUUGGAUAUAGCUCGCACAUAAACCAAUCUCUCGAUUAUACUUUUUGAGCCCCUGGAAGCCGUAAUUUUUGUCAGAUUUAGCUGAAUUUUUGCAUGUGGUGUUCUGUUAUGACAUCAAGCAACUAUGCCAAGUACGGUCCAAAUCGGUCAAGAACAUGGUAUAGCUUCCAUAUAAACCGAUCUCCCGAUUUGACUUCUUCAGCCCGUGCAAGCCGCGAUUUUUAUCCGAUUUGACUGAUAUUUUGCGUGUAGUAUUGUGUUUUGACUUUCAACAAUUGUGUCAAGUACGGUCCAAAUCGGUCUAUAGCCAGAAAUAGCUCCCGUAUUUUAGCAGAAUCCAUCAUGGUUCUGCCCAGCCGAACCUAGCACAUUUUUACUUGCUUCAAUUAAAAAUUUAAUUCAAAAUACUAGCUACCAUAUAAACUCAUCCGACUUCCAAUAACUGUGCUAAGUAAGGCUCAAAUCUGUGCUUAAUAUAGUUGCCCUAUAAACCGAUCUGGGAUCUUGACUUCAUGAACCUCUAGAGGACGCAAUUCUCAUAUUAUUUGACAGAAAUUUCGUACAACGGCUUCUCCCGUGACCUUCAACACACGUGGCCAAUAUGGUCUGAAUUGAUCUAUAGCUUGAUACAGCUCCCAUAGAAACCAAUCUCCAGAUUUUGCUUCUUAAGCCCCUACACGACGCAAUUCUCAUCCGAAUAAACUGAAAUAUUAAACAAUGACUUCUACAAUGUUCAUUCAAUUCAUUUAUGGUCCGAAUCGGACUAUAACUUGUUUUUCAAUCAUCUUUUUCAAAAACUCUGAUUGUUAUUAUCAAUUUCGUGAUUGAAGCAGUUUCAUUUAAAAAAUUAAUUGGAUCAAUUAAUUUCGUCAUUAGAACUGAUUUUUAUUUUUUUCUGUGUAGUUUAAAAAGAACCGGUUUUCCGUAUAUCUGCCUUAUGACUUAAACAGUCUCAGGAUUGAUAUCGAUACCAUUUUUGGACUUCUAAACUUUCUCCAUUGAGGUCCUAAAUUAUCUUGGAAAAAUUUGUUUUCUCCUUCUAUUGCUGAUAUUGCCUUCCUAUCUCAAUUUGUAGUUUCUAAUUUUAUUAUAGCAAAAAUAUAUGUCUUCUAUAUAUAUAACGUCCAAAAAAAAUCCCAAAAUGAGGAACUUUGUAAUCUAAUUUUUUCCAAUUAUCUAUAAGGCAAAAGGUUGUGUAAGGUUUUACUCCUCCUCCAAGUUAGUCGUUCUUUUUUCUCUUGUUUUGCUUAAAUGUUUAAUUUUCAGAUCUAUUAGUUAAAUUUGUAAUAUAAUUCCAGCUUAAAGUGAAAUCCUUUCAAAGAAAAACAAAUUCAAUUCUAUUUAAAUACAAACUAUUGUAAAAUAAAAAUUAUUUUAUUAAUAAUUAGUCUAUUGUAG